AUGGACAGCUAUACAGUGACGGUAAACGAGGGCCGCAUAAUCGACCCACUGGUUCAGGUGGAGGCCUUCGAUCACGACUGCUCCUCGAAGUACAGCGAUAUCUGUAAGUAUGAGAUCAUCGGUGGCGACAAACUGGAGGCCCCGUUCGUGGAGGCCUUCGAUCACGACUGCUCCUCGAAGUACAGCGAUAUCUGUAAGUAUGAGAUCAUCGGUGGCGACAAACUGGAGGCCCCGUUCGUCAUCGACGCCAACGGCAACAUCAAGAAUACGCGUCCGCUCUCGUGGAAGGACUCACACAAUCACAUCCUAGAAGUGGUUGCCUAUGACUGCGGUAUGAAACGAUCCAAACCAACGCUCGUCAACAUCAAAGUGAAUAAAGUGUGUCAACUCGGAUGGAAAGGUAUACCCGAGAGAAUAGAGUAUACCCCGGGCUCAGGGGCUCGGAUACUGGUUCCGGACGCUGAACUACAACUUUGCGAAGUUCCCUGCGAUACAGACAACGUGUCGGUCAGACUAUCGUUGGCCACCCAUCACAUCGGCAAAGGCUGCGAUCGCGACACCUAUUCAGUCGAGUCUCAGCGUAAACUUUGCGGCGCGAACGCCGAGAGUGUAGACCUAUUGCCGUCGCCGUCGACGGGCGCCGAAUGGACACGAGAUCUGCCCACAGAUGACGGCCGCGAAAGCGAUCAGAUCUACGAGUUUGACGGCGCGACCAACGCUGUGGUCAUACCGGAGGCCACACUUAAUCACAACCUGACCAACAAGUUUACCGUCUCUUUUUGGAUGAAACACGAGACCCCUCUCGACCAGACAAACAAACACAUCAAAGAGCACAUCAUCUGCAACGCCGACGAUCACAAGAAGAAUAGACACCAUUACUCGCUGUUUGUCCGCAACUGUCGGCUAAUACUUCUGUUGCGCCGGGAGUUCAAUGAGGAGAAGCACACAGUCUUCAAACCGGCCGAAUAUCGGUGGAAAUUGUCGGAAGUUUGCGACAACGAGUGGCACCACUACUCGGUUGGCCUCAACUUCCCGGACGCCAUACUCUACGUCGACGGACAGAAGUUCAGAAACACGUCGACUAAUCCGGAGAUUGUGGACGACUGGCCGCUACACGCGGUGAAAGGGGUGAACACGACGUUUGUGGUGGGGGCGUGUUGGGAGGGCAAGAACUCUAAGAUGAAUUUCCAUUUCCGCGGAUUUCUGGCCGGACUGUCGGUAUUGCGCGCACAGAACGAGAACCCGGAGGUGUUGUCGUGUCUCCAUCUGUGCAAAGAAGGCCUCCAAUUGCCGGCCAGCGAUACACUAGAGCCCGGAACAGAGGUCUCCACUAAUAUCGACUCCACGUCUGUCAUCAUCGACGGUAAAGACGCCAUCGAUGUCGAGGAUAUGUUGUCUCAGGUGUCGUACAUUAAUUCGCGCGAAUUCCCGACUCCUGGCCGAAGAAGUUUAAGGAUUUCCACAUCCAUUCAAUGCUCUAAUGGAAAGUCGUUGAAAAUCCCGCAAAUCGACACAUAUGUGAUGGUUAUGCCGACGGAUCAGCCGAGUAUAGCACUGAAUGGUACGCCAAACCUGGCGCGAGAGUACGAGGCAUUCAUGCAGGGCAUUGAGCUCUUCUCGACGGUCUCUAUUUUGGUCAACUCAGAGGCCGCCGACACCGAUGACGACGACGGAGACGACAACGACGAAGAGGCGGACAUCGACUCCGCCGACGACGACAUCAACGCCAACAACAAUAUCAAUAAAUUGAUGUCCGAACACAAGUUGGACACCUGUAACGUUCAGGUGUCGUACAUUAAUUCGCGCGAAUUCCCGACUCCUGGCCGAAGAAGUUUAAGGAUUUCCACAUCCAUUCAAUGCUCUAAUGGAAAGUCUUUGAAAAUCCCGCAAAUCGACACAUAUGUCUACCCACCACUCAAUCCCGAUCACGAGUACUUCCGAUUGCCCACCAAUUUUAUGACACAUUUGGGAAUACAUCACAAGGAGACCAAAGAUGGGAUUGUGAUAUAUGGAGCGGAUUCUGUACACAAUUAUCAGCAGAUUCUGCGACAACUGGUCUACUUUAACCGAAAGCCGGCCUAUUAUUUGAAUCGUGCCUUUAAGCUCACCUGUUCUGAACUGAACGGCCGCUUCUCCAGCAAUGACUACAUCCAAACACUGACUGUAAUCCACCCUAAAGUCGAACAACAAUCCAAACAACAGGCGUCGGCGCCGAUGGCCGGCCCUCAGCCCAAGUCUGUGCUCCACCCGAACGACCAUAUGAUGAUUCAGAGCCAGCAGUCGGCCGCCGACCUCGUGUCGGGUGCGGUCGUCUCUCCCGCACACUCGCAGGUCAGCGACCAUAAGGUGGAGUUCAAAGAUGGCCGCAUUAAGAGCGCCACCGGUUUUCUCGAGGGCGGAGGGCUUAUCGACGCGUCCGACGCUUUCGGCCGAACCACAGCCAGUCAUGCGGUUACCAUCAUAAUCGUGGUCUGUGUCGGCUUUUUGGUCUUCAUGAUCGUCUUGGGAGUGAUCCGUAUCCGCGCCGCUCAUCAACGGUCCGGCGAUGCCAGAGAUGACGACCAGGAGAUGGCUUGGGAUGACUCGUCGCUUACCAUUACAGUCAAUCCAUUGGAUCAAAUAGAAGAACACGAAACCCAACAAAUAGCGGACGACGACGAGGACAGCGAUAGUUCAGACGAUGGGAGCAGUUAUCACGAGGACGGGGACAGCACUGAAGACGAGGCACAGGACAAGGCCUCUAAAGCCCGGCGAGAGCUCGAAUGGGACGACUCGACACUCAAUUUCUAAUGCCAUUCAAUUAGACGAGUGAUAAACGAAACAACAAAACAACCAAAAAAACAGAAAAAGUAUUAAAAGCGUCAAAACAGAGACAGAAAGAUGACAGUCGGCUAAGAGAUUGGAUCAAUCGAUUGCCAGACAAUUGAUUGAUUAAAUCUCUUAGUCUUUUGCCAAUUUUAAGACAAACAAAAAAGCAUUUAAUUAUUUAUAUAAUUAUUAUUACUAUUGAAUCCAUCGCUUCUUCUUUUUGUUCAACAAAAACGACAAAACAUCAGAAAAAGAAACUUAUUUUGUUUGACAAAAAACAAAUUCAUUUUCACUUACAAAACAAAUAUAAUUAAAAUGAUUAAAAGACAGACAACUAACAUAUACAACUGAAUUCAUACUAUUAGUUAUUAAUUGUAAUAAGUUUUCAUUGUUUUAAUUGAUAUAAAAAAUUUUAAGGAAUUGUUUUCUAUUCUGUGACAAAAAUGCCAUUUAAAAAAUUAUUUUUUUCGGUGCACUUAUAUCUACACUAUAAGUAGUGCACAUAUACUACCAGUGCAUCCAUUGGAUUGAUUGGGAAAAGAAAAUGCAGCAUAAAAUACAAGAAUUUAUUUCACAUGACAUACACCUACAGAAACAACACCAGAGAAAUAUAUACCCAAACGAUAGUCUAUUAAUUAAUGUUAACAGAAAUAGUCGUUUUCUUUUUGUCACUUAUAAUUAUUCUUGUGUUUGAAGUUUCAAACAAAACCUGUGGUAAAGUAUUACUUUCUUAAAUACCAUCUUCAUUAUUAUGAAUAAUAAUAAUAAUUACUAUAUUUUGUGCAAAAAAGAAAUGCAAAAAAGUAAUUAUAAUUAAUAAGUAUUUAUAUUUAUUGAUAAUAAGUCACAGAAUCUAAGAAAUAUAACCG